AGGAGAGGAAGACAGUCUUUGUCCCGUGAGCAUCUUCGGGUGGACACAUGCGCUCAGAGGAGUGACAGAGUGCAGUUGGGACAGAACAGGAGCUCCGCUGCGGGAUUCAUGCUGUGCAGGCGGGCUGUGAUUGAGCAGCUCAUGCAGGACCUCCAGUGCAAUCCGGAUUUACUGUUUUCCAAUCCCUUAACCAGACAGAAAGAGAGCGGUGGGCACUGCUGAUACACCCUGUCCUUCAAAGUCUAGAGGUUUAUUCUUCACACCUUCACCUGGACCUGAGGUCCUCUCAGUUUUAUUUAUUAAGAAUGCAAUGAAGAAAUGGUGAAGAGAGAGUGAGUGUGAGCUGCUCGAGGACACUUUUCCAUCAUGAACACGAACGGGCCCUAUCAACACUCCGCUUACAGCAGAGGAAGUGGCAGCUAUGGCCAGGCGCCCAUCCACUGCAUGCGCUGCAGAGAUGUCUGUAAAGGAGAGGUGGUGCGAGUGCAAAACGUCCACUUCCACGUCAGGUGCUUCACCUGCCAAUUGUGCGGCUGUGAUCUGGCUCGAUCUGGAUUCUUCCAGAAGAGAGGUGAAUACAUCUGUACGGAGGACUACCAGCGCCUGUACGGCACCAAGUGUGACAGCUGUGGGGACUUCAUCACAGGAGAGGUGGUGUCUGCGCUGGGACGUACCUACCAUCCCAAAUGCUUUGUCUGCAGCAUCUGCAGGAAGCCAUUUCCCAUUGGAGACAGGGUGACCUUCUGUGGGAAGAAGUGUGUGUGUCAGCAGUGUUCACACACACUUGGGAACAGCAACGAGCCAGUGAAGAUCCAUGGGCCGAGCUACUGUGCGGGGUGUAAUGAAGAGAUAAAACACGGUCAGUCUCUCCUGGCAUUGGAGAAACAGUGGCACGUCAGCUGCUUCAAAUGUCAAACCUGUGGGAUGGUCCUGACCGGAGAAUACAUUAGCAAGGAUGGGAUCCCAUACUGCGAAUCGGAUUACCAUAACCAGUUUGGCAUCAGGUGUGAGAAGUGUAGCAGGUACAUCAGUGGAAGAGUGUUGGAGGCUGGAGGAAAGCACUACCACCCCACCUGCGCUUGCUGUGCACGCUGUCACGUGAUGUUCAGUGAAGGGGAGGAGAUGUACCUGGCAGGUUCGGAGGUCUGGCACCCCAUGUGUAAGCAGGCGGCAAAAAUGGAGCGCAAACUCAGACUCAGACGUACCUCAGAAGCCUCUAUCUCUCCACCUGGUUCCAGUAUCGGCUCUCCCAGUAGAGUGAUAUGUGCUAAACUGCAGAAUGAUAUCCUUCAUUAUAAGGAUCUGGCGGCACUGCCUAAGAUUAAGUCUAUAUAUGACGCACAGCGGCCUGAUCUCAUUCCCUACGAGACAGAUCACACAUACUCGUCUGAUGACAGGCUAGAGCGCUACAGCUAUGGCAAGUUUCUGGGAAAUCUUUCUCCAUAUUCUCAGGAUAUCUAUGACAGUGUGGAUCUCAGGCACCGCCGCUCAUCUAGCCCUGGCUACAUCGAAUUUCCCACCUUCAGCCAACAGGGCGUGUCUCCUACUGUCCCCCGCUCCCCUAAGCUGUACUGUCGCUCCGGCACUUUGAGUGGCAGAAAUUCACCCUAUUACAGUCAGCUUGAUGCCAGGUCCAGCAUGCCCACCAUCAAUCAAGCACCCAAGCAUUUUCAUGUGCCAGCUUCUGGGGAGUCCAACAUCUACAGAAAAGCACCCAUCUAUAAGAGACAUGACAACAAUGAAAAUGAAGCCACAAAGAGCAAAACGAGUGAGGAUAUAUUGUCUUCUCCUUUCUCGUCGUAUUCUCCAGACCACUAUCAGAAUCCUGAGUCUGACUAUUACCAGUACACUGCCUCUCCAAAAGUUACAAGAGCACGGAGAUUUUCUUCAGGUGGAGAUGAAGAUGUAUGGAAUCAGAGCAUUAACAGAAUCCAGGGUGGGAUUGGGAGGAUGAUCCUAAAGGAGGAGAUGAAGGCCAGGUCUGGUUCCUAUGACAACGACCCCUGGGGCAGUGCCCGCAACUCUCAUAAUGGCAGUAAAGAGACACUGCAUAACGUGGGCUACAGCAACACAGUCAAUGGCUCUCCCAGAUCCCAGUAUAGUGCUGAAAGCGAUUCCUUCAUCUCUAAGUCAGCAUCGUUGCCGGGGUACAGCAGAAACUGCCUGAACAGGCCCCACAGUGCAGACUAUUUUCACUAUGACAGCAGCAAUUCAGUCAACAUGACUUCCAGAGGUGAGUUUCUCUGUGAGCUACUGUAUGAAAAUAUGACAUCUCUGGAUUGAUAUAAAGAAAGUGAAUUCUUAUUUCUAUUUCUUUGUUUUUCCAGACUACAAGGUGAGGAUCUUUACAAAUGACUUGUUCUAAGAGAGAAAUUUGUGCUGAAAUCCAAGGACCCAGUUUCUCUGACAUUGAUUCAGCCUUGUUACAGCCUUUCAAAGGGGAAUUGGUGUUAACUGUGAAAUUUAGUCCUACAUUUGUCUUAACUGUUAUCCUAAAGUCCCCCUGAUUUUUACAGUAUAUCUGAUGAUAUUUAAAUAUGUAAUGAAUCCAUCAGUCUACUCUCAUGUUUAUUGCAGAUAUACCCCUACAAGGCUCUGAUAGUAACUGUUAGAGGACGCAGUCAGCUCCCACAUGAUGUGGACAGAGCAAGAUUAGAGAGACAUCUGUCCCAACAAGAGUUCUAUCACGUCUUUGGAAUGACUGUGGCAGAUUUUGACCGGUUGCCACUGUGGAAACGAAAUGAGCUGAAGAAACAAGUCAGACUGUUUUAGAAGCUUAAAGCACAGGACUCAUGCCAAAACUACACAGUGCUGCUAGAUCCAACUGGGUCUGGAGGAACCAAAUGUUGUGGAAUAGAGAUCUGGAUCCCUCAGAAGAAUUUGUUCUGGUCAGUUUGGGUCCAUCAGAAGUGUGAAAAAAGGGACAGUCUGGAUUCAUUUACUGCUAAUGAAUCUACUGAUCAGCGGCUGUUGAAUGAAAAUGUGAAAACUUUGCUCUGCUGCAUAGCUGGAGCAACAGUGGUUGAUUUCUUUUGGUUUGAAUUAUUUCAGGAUUGUUUUGUUUUUCUAGCUUUUAAGACUUUAAGGAAUAGUUCACCCAAAAAUUACAAUUCUGUAAUCAUUUACUCACCCUCAUGUUGUUCCAAAACUGCAUGACUAUUUUUUGGGUGAACUAUCCUCUUUGCCUUUUUAACUAAUUGGAUAUCUCAGUGUCACCUGCUGUUUAGAUCGAAUGUUGAGUAAAUCUUAAAUAUUGCGCCAGAAUGUUGUAAGAACGUCAUUCUCACUAUGCUGUAUGAUGAAUGUUGAGUUUAUGGAGUGAACCGUUUGCUAGUGUGAUAUCUAAUAACAUUUGAACGAGUGUAAUUUGUGUGUUAUAAAACCAAAGUCAUAGAAAUUUAUUUUCUAGUACAUAUCAAAAUGUGCCAUACAAAUUUAGGGGAUUCAAGAGGAUGAAUAGCUUAUAUGUACAGGAAAUGAAAGAAUGACAAAACAAGAAUAAAGCCAAGCAAUGUAAGUCUGGAUCGGGGAGAGACCCUCCUGGAAUGAGGAGAGCCGGUUUUUUAAAAGCCCUCACCGCCCUCCGCACAGGUGAAUCCGGGCUUAAUGGGCAGGGCUCAUCAACUCAAAACGAAGCACCAGCCCACAAACACCGGGGAGAAGAAAAAUCACAAGCUCAGCAGUGGUCGUCACAUCCUUUAAAUAAUAAUGUUUCCCAAACAAUGCAGCUUGAUUUCAUGCUUAAUGACUGAAAUGUUUGCAAUAUGGCAUUAUUAUCAUUUUAAAGCAACUGUAAUUGAUGUGGGAAAGACUUUAAAACUGAAGUAUGUAAUUUCUGCAACACUAGCGCCACAAAUUGCAAAAAUAAGCAGUGUUUUCAAACAGUUUUCCAAGUAUGCCCCUCGCCUGCAGUUGUUCAAACAGUCAGUUAGUCCUGCCCCCAACUCACGCCAUUGGUUGAGUAACGUUGUUGGGUAGGAUCUAAGUGGGUUGCUCAAAACAAACAGGAAUUUAUAUAGCACCACAGAGACACAGUAUUUACAGUUUUUGAGAAAAUAACCUAUGAAUGGCUCACUUAGAGUUGUCUCUGCAUAUUAAAGGUGCACUCAGUAACUUUUGUCUUUGUGUCAUCAUGGACAUACACUGACACCUAGCAGCUUGGAGGCUGUAAAAUCUGCGAUGGGACAAAGAUGCCUCAGUUUGUUCCUGGCAGGGUACUCAGCCUUACAGGCUCCAUAUGAUUAGGAUUAGGGUGAGGGCAGGGUUAGGGCAUAUGCUGCCUCCCAGGAACAAACUGAUGUCCCUUUGUACAAUAGGCUUUAAAAUCAAUAGUUUUCAGUUUCAGAUGUCAUUGUAGAAAUGUAGUUUUCACAGUCAGCCAUGAUUACUUUAAUCAGUGAGUGAAAGUGUCAAAUAACAGGACGGUUACUGAGAUUAAGCGAGUAGUAUUCAGCUGGUCAUGUGAUUCUAACAUGGCAGCCCCCAUGUGUGGACCCUCUCCAUAUAGAAUAAAACAGCUUUUAUAAGGUUACUGAUAUGACUGGAGUCUUCAUUUUAAUGUGAGUGCUCAUGAUUUCCUACAUAUAUUGUAAAAUUACAAUUCAUGUCUUUAGGAGUUAAACUUUUUUAAUGAGGAAAAAAUUACUGAGUGCACCUUUAAGCUGGAAUAGAAGAACGUAUUUUAAUACUGAAAAAGAUAUAUACUUCUGCUUUAAUUUCUAGAAAGGAAAGACUUGGUUGAUGUUGGGCUUAUUUUUAAAAACAAGUACUUUUCAGAUGGAUUUUACUGAAAGUAGAACUGUAUUGAUAUGGAAGUGGUAGGUGUAGAAGUUGUAAUGAUUGAAUGAAGCAUGGAAUAAAUUUCAGUUGUUCAUAGCAGGACUCUCAAAGUGCACAAACAUUGCCUGAAUUUUGUGUAAUCUAACACUAGAAACCUUUAAAAAGCAAUAUUGAAAUUGCACCUGUUGUUUUGAACUAAUGCAGUAAUAAACAUCAACUAUAACAUUUCA